UGUAGCUGUGCCAAGCGCGAGAUCUGCAGUCGUGUUCGCGCACGCAGUUCACUGUCGGGAUCUUGAUGCAGACUACAGUUCGGAAGUAAUAUUUGGACCAGUUCAUCGUUUUCAACCAAGGGUAACUCAUGUCCUGCCUUCUUUUACAUAUUGAGUAGCAGGAAACGUUUUAACUUUCGCGUGAGGAAUCAAGUGAGGCUUGAGAACCAAGCUACACCUGGAUGAAGAUACGACUUUGUGAAAUAAAAGCCUAAUUUUCCCCUCAUCAGCGUGGGAAACAGAUCCACUUGGAAAUUUAAGAUACUGUGCGUAUUUCGAGAGACCUGCAGCUCUCGAUGGAUUCGAGCCUAUUGGCAAGGUUUUAGUGACUUUUGUGCGGUCGUGCCUACGGUUUGGCAGAUGGCAGCGUUCUCCCAGUGGUAACAGGUGGAGCCGUGUCCUCCACCAGCAUCUAUCACGUUUCAAAGCAGAAGUGGCAUGGGAAAUCAAGUGGACAAGCUGUCACAUUUAAGUUAUGCUGAAGUUCCGACAGUGGACCCAAACGGGUUGGACACCGAAGAAGGUCCACGGAUCGGAGUGUCAUACAUUUUUUCGAAUGAUGACGAUGAAUUGGAGGAAAAUGUCGAAGGAACAGGAAACCAAAAUCAGGAAGAAAAACACUACGACAAGUACAACGAGGUCGAGUGUGCCGUUUACAAUCGAGACGAAUGCAUUUAUGAUAAAAGCAUCAAGAGUUCAGACCUCGAAACACACUCUCCAGAGAAUGUACUCAACAUAUGCAAAGCAGGUGACUUGGUGGAGUUUGUGGCAACCGGUCAGUACCCACACUGGGCUGUUUAUGUAGGAGACUUACAGGUCGUGCACUUGCACCGCGCUGAAGUCAAGAACAGCUUUUUGAUAGAUGCUAGCCAAGGCAGAAGAUGCAGGAUUGUUAACGAACUGUACAAGUUCAAACCAUUUGGUCCUGAUAUGGUUGUGCAGAACGCGAUGGAACAGGUUGGUUCAAAGGAACGAGAGCUGAGUUGGAGAAAUUCGGAGUGCUUCGCCGCUUGGUGUCGAUUCGGUAAGCGCGAGUUCAAAAUGGGCGGAGAAAUACGAAUAGGAAAACAACCAUACAGGUUGAAAAUAUUCAUGUCAGACAAACAGACACACGUGCUCGAAUUUCAGAGUCUGGAGGACUUGAUUAUGGAGAAGAGGAGAAACGACCAGGUCGGCAGGACGUCUGUGAUCCAGGAGCUUGCCAAUCAUUUGAAAAGUGUUGUGGAGAUCAAAAAUGAUACUGCUCCCAGUGAAACAUUUCAGAACCCGCUGUGAAGUUGAUGAUUUGAUGACUUUGAAAUCGUGGCUGUGCAGGGUAUCUCUUUGUGAUUUUUAUACAAAAAUGUUUAAAUGGACAAAUUUCAAGGUGCAUUUAAUGCAAGCAAGCCUUAAGUGCUAGGUGAUUGAAAUGAAUCAUGUGUCAUAAUAGUCUUGACUAAAUAUUUUUAAUGCACUGGACCAAGUUACUUUAGCCUUAAAGGUUCAACCGUUAGAAAUCCAUGCUGCUGUUGCAUUAACCUUUGAAUAAAAAUGCCUUUUAAGUUGAUAUCUUACUAGCCAACAAUAGCCAUCAUCCCAUGACAGUACAAAUACAAAUUCAAUUUUACUAGUCCAUCUGUUAGUACAAAAUAUCUCUUAAGAUAGCUGUUGAAAAUAGGAAUUGAGCCUUUUAAAGUCAUAUCAGUAUAUGAAAUAAUUUUGUGAUGUCGGACGAGGUUAAUCAAAUUGAAUGUACCAACUGUUCAAAUCAAGUAAAUUACGUCUCA